AUGAAGCUGUCUUCGACCAUCGCGACUGGUGUUGCCCUUGCGGCCGGUGUUUCUGCUGGACAGAAGAACUACCUCGGCUUCAACUCCGGCAACACCCUUCCCGACGAGUCCGCCAAGUUCGAGAAGGACUUCUUGGCCGAGUUCACCACCGCCCAGAAGCUUGUUGGCGCCCCCGGCACCUUCAACGCCGUCCGACUCUACACCAACAUCCAGGCCUACUCCACAAACACCCCCAUCGAGGCCUUUUCAGCCGCCGUCAAGACCAAGACCUACAUCCUCCUCGGUGUCUGGGCCUCUGGCACCACCAACAUCAACAAUGAGCUUGCUGCCCUGACCGCUGCCGUCAAGCAGUUCGGCACCGACUUCACCGAUCUCGUCAUCGGUAUCUCCAUUGGUAGCGAGGAUCUGUACCGUGACUCAGCCACCGGACGAACCAACAAGGCUGGUGUCGGCAACGGCCCCCAGGAGAUUCUCGGCUUCAUCAACGACUACAAGAAGGCCUUUGCCAACACUCCCAUGGCCAGCGUCCCCAUUGGUCACGUCGAUACCUGGGAUGCUUGGGUCAACGGCACCAACAAGGUUGUUCUCGACGCUGUCGACUGGAUUGGUGUUGACGAGUACCCCUUCUACGAGACCGGCAAGGGCAACGACAUUAGCAACGCCGGCAAGCUCUUCGACGCUGCUUACCAGACCACCCUUGGCGUUGCCAAUGGCAAGCCCGUCUGGGUUACCGAGACUGGCUGGCCCCUGACCGGUCCCGACUGGGACGAGGCCAAGCCCAGCGUCGCCAACGCCAAGUCGUACUGGGACCAGAUUGGCUGCCAGAGGCUGUUCAACAAGGUGCCCACCUUCUGGUACAACCUGCGUGACUCCAACCCUGCCAACCAGGUCAAGUUCGGUAUCAGCCAGAGCCUGUCCUCUACUCCCUCAUUCGACCUGACCUGCCCUCCCGAGUCCUCGGAGUCCUCCAGCGCCAUCACUAAGCCUACC